GACAACGCCAUAUUGGGACAGUGCUUAUUAUUUGCGGGGAAGUGUUAAUUCUUGAGUCAAGCUACUUUUUUAUAACUAAACCAAAUAAAUGUGAUUUAUAAUUAAAGACUUUAGGUGUAAUUGUUUUCAAAUUAUUUAAAGAUGCUUCAGUGCAAGGUUAGAUAUAUUAUGUCAAAUAAUUAACACCUUGUCGGUUCUUUUGAAAUCGAUUUGUCAGGCAGUUAACAAAUUUGGAACAUCUUUGAUUGACCGCCAGGUAUGUGAAGUGUCGCAUGAAAUCAUCAUUCGAAUAGUUCGAGAAACCGUUUAGUGUGUGUUUUAAUGAAUAAUUGUGUUGUGAAGUUUGUGUACAAACACAGGAAAUAACUAAUUAAUUAAUUACGAUUACGUGUGUGACUUCGGGAUGGACGCAAACACAAUGGAGUCGUGAAGGAUGGGUGGCUGCUAGUUCGACAGACACUAUCAUCUUUUGACAAUAAUGUCAGCAGAAAGCAUGUUUAUUCAGUUUCAUUGUGCUGUAUAAACAUAACCUUACAUUCUCCAAUCCAGUUUAAAUUUGGUGCGCCCUCGAGAUAUUACAUACAGGUGUUUCGAAGGAUAUCACUAUGGAGAAAAUGGACGUGGAUGAUGAUGCUGUUGUAGACCUUAGUGUCAGGAAAGACCGAGAGAUGCCGGCACCUCAGGACUUGUCUCGCUCCCAGAAGGCUAUUAUGCCAGAUGAUGUGCCCAUAAUUCCAAGGAGCAUCAAGGAGUUUGAUGACCGUUACCCACGGCGCAACCUGAGGCCUAGAAUUGAACGCAGUUAUGCGGAAAGUCCUGAUAUCAUUGUUCUUUCUGAUGAAGAGCCCCGUAUAAAUGGAUUCACAAAUGGUUAUGUCAGUGAUACAGAUGACGGAGAGAUGCCUCCAUUACCUCCUAUAAAGGAGCUGAGCCCCGCGGAGCUGGAGGAGCGCGAGCGCGUGCUGCGCAAGCUGCGCGAGGAGCUGCGCAGCGAGGAGAUGAAGCUGGUGCUGCUGAAGAAGCUGCGGCAGUCGCAGCAGAUGAAGGAGAACAUAGCGGUGGUGGCCCCCAGCCAGCAGCAGCAGCAGCAGCUGCCACCCAAGGUCUCCCUGCCGGGCGGGAAGCUGCCCCCGCCGCCCCAGCAGCAGCCCCCGCCCCCGCUGGUGCGCGCCAACCACGCCAAGCAGCCGGCCCCCAACGUGGUCCCGCCCCUCCUCAGAGGGCAGCCCAACCCAUCUCGUGGUCAGUUGGCACACCAGCCGCCUCCGCUGAUGAUCCCACCUCAGACGGGGCGUUCCGGCUCGGGCCAGAACUCCCUGCCGCCUAACAUUCUGCAGCCUCUCCCCAGGGGAAGUGGCAAUGCACUUGGCCGUCCCUCGUUGAACACUCCACCAAACGUCGUGAUGGGCUAUCCUGUGGGGUCGCAAGAUCGGACCUCAAGCAAGGAGCCACAGCAUCACUCCCCAGCUUCGAAUCAGAUGUCCAGCUUGUCGCAGCAGCAGCAGCAACAGCAGCAGCCGCCGCAACAGCAAGCCCAGCAGGAUCGUCCCAGGGUGGAGGACACACAGACCCCAGCCCAGCGACAAGCAGCAGCUAAGCUGGCUCUUAGGAAACAGCUGGAAAAAACUCUGCUUCAGAUUCCCCCACCCAAGCCACCGCCACCGGAGAUGCACUUCAUUCCCAACCCGUCCAACACAGAGUUCAUCUACCUGUUGGGCUUGGAGCACGUGGUGGACUUCAUCACGAAGGAGCAGAAGACUCCUCCACCACCCGACGCUUUCAAGUGCUCCCAGUGUCACACCGACUUUACUCCCGUCUGGAAGUGGGAGAAGAACCCUGCUAAAGGCAAGGAACCGAAGGUGAUAUGCGAACAGUGCGUAACCACGAAUGUGAAAAAGGCCCUGAAAGCAGAGCACACAAACCGUCUGAAAACAGCCUUCGUGAAGGCACUGCAGCAAGAGCAAGAGAUCGAGCAGCGACUGGCACAGGUGGUGACCUCGGCAUCGCCACAGCCGCCCGAGCCGCCCGCGGUGAUGUCGGCCCCGCCCCCGGCCCCCAAGCCGCCCACCCCCACGGCGACCAGGCAGCACGCCCCCACCCCUCCGCCGGCGCCCACGCCCCCGCCCCCGCCCCCGCCGCACCGGGAGCAUCCCCUGGCCAAGCUGGCGGCGGAGUCCAGCAAGUUCGGGGGCCACCACGCGGCGGCGGUGGCCCUGCACCAGCAGCUGCUGAGGGGCUUGCCCCAGCACCAGCCCCUGCCGGCACACAUGCUGCCCUUCUCGCCGCUGCUGUACCCCUACCAGCUGGCCAUGGCCCAGGCCGCCGGCGGGGGCAAGGGCUCCGUGGCCGCGGCUGCCGCCAACCUCGCGGAGCUGCAGCGCCAGGCCUCCGACCUGCAGCGCCAGUACCUCCUGGACAUGAUCCCCUCCCCCUCCCCCUCUCCCCGCCCCCACUCCCACCCACACCCCCACUCCCACAACUGGAAGACGUGAUGUGCCUCGCGCUCCACAUCGGGAACCUGCGUGUGACACUCUUACAGGCACUGGUGUUUCUUUUUUUGCAAGAAAAAUAUGUUGAUUGUUGGUUGUGUUUCAAGGCGCCUGUAUCUUCCUCGCUUGCCCUUCUUGUUUGCUAGUCGUGUUCAGCUGACUUGAACCCCAUGCCAAGUCUGACGUUUUUGAUUCCAGUAAGCUAGAAGCUCUCUCAUUCCUGUAAUACGGUAGUAUUCUGGGAUAACUUUCAGAUGUAGGGUUCGUUAAAUUGUGGUUGAAUAAAUGAUGAAUCCAGUGUAUGAAGGCAAAUAAAGUUUGUAGAAAUUUUUUCAUUUCUCUUAAAAGCUGUUAAAUUUUGUAAGAAUAACCGUGACAUUGUGAAUAAAAUGUUUUUACUAAGGAAGGUUUUGAUAUGAAACAGCUGAUGUUUUACAUAAUUGUUUUUUAUCACAAGCAUAAUUUGUGAAAUCUCGUAUUUGGUUUCAUCCAAAUAAUGGACAUAUUCUACAUUGUUUUCAGUUGGGUUUGUACAUGUCUGUGAAUAUGUUUCUGUAAUUUGUAUAGAUGUUAUUGUAGCAUAGAAAUUUGUGUAUUGGAUAGUUCAAAACUGGCUCAUGAUAUUUAAGCUUCUCAGUGGUUUUCAUCCAAAAUGCAGUGUGCAUCUUGAAAUAAUUGUUUGUGCCAAUCCUUAACAAUACUUACUCCUAUUUCUGGAAAUUGUUUGUGCAAGUUCUUUAGAAUACAUAAUAUUUCAAAUCUGGACGUUGCAUUGCUAACUAAGCCUAUUCCACAUUUUCAAAAUGUUUGUGAUUUUUGUCCAAUAUCUUACAAAUAUGUAGAUCAAGUUUUGAAUAUAAAAUUUUGAUGGGAAA